AUGUUAUUUCCUAUCAUUGCUGCUGGCUCUCGAGAAUGGAAAUCCGGAGGCUCGAAGGAAGAGGAAAGGCAAAUCCCUGUGAGCGAGAAUCGCUGCUCCUGUUGCCUAAAGCCGUUUUUCCUGGAACGCGGUGUCCGUUGCGAGGACUGCGGCAGAAAAUCCUGCAGGAAAGGCUGCUCCCGUUGGGAUCCGUCGGAUAACGCCUGGCACUGUCUCUUUUGUCGUCAACGAAGGUAUUGGCUGAAGAAAAACGGAGUCGAGACGUUCGGUGGACUGAUCGACGAGAAGGAUCUACAUCGAUACUUUGAUACGGCAAAAUCACGAGUUUACGUGGCAGGAGUGGAAAAUGCAGCUACCAGUUCGGGGGAGGGCCUGGCCGCGCAGAGAAAAGAGGCGAACACGAUGGAAACGGUUCGAGAUUUCGUUGAAAAGAUAGUGGUGGGCUUGAUCGGCAACUUGGACGACGUGCCGAUCCAUCGAUUGUACAAUCAUCCGUCGUAUGACACGCUUUUGGAAAGACAUAUUGCACCCUUGGUAGACGCGCUCUCACGCUUGGCGAUGGUCCUGCAAUUCUCUUUAGAAAACAAACCGAGCACCGAUUCGCCGACGAUGGCGCACACGGCGCUGCGCGAGAUCGUGGAACGUGCCGUGGAGGAAGCAAGGAAGUUGCCGGGCCUCGGUGGUUCCGGUGAUACCGGAAAGGCACCAGAGGCGCGAAACGUCGCGGAGCACAGUUACGAGGACGUACUCGCCACCGCGAUACUCAACAAGGUCAUCGAGAAAUUCCAAAAGGAACAGGUGGACGGCAAUAGCAACGUUCUCCCAGGGAAACCGGUGUCUACUAAGUGCGCGCUAAGCGAGAGCGAGGCAGGCCUCGACGAAGGUGUCGAGGAAGGCUGCAGCAGCUUGGAACCGCUGUCUCAGGACGAUUGCAGCAGCGACUGCAGCGCGUCCUGCUCGAGACGCGUUAGAAAUCAACCGGAGCCAUUAUCUCUCACGAUAGAGGAGCGGAUAGAGGAGGUGACGACGACUUAUGCAUCCGACGAGGAACACAGGGAAAACGAUGUCUUGCCCAUUAAGAACGCCCAUCGGGUUCCGUUUCCUGAACUCGGAAUGGACAUUAUCGAUCCCUCUCAAGAAUCAGACAGUCAGGAUGAGCCGGACACGCCAAGGACGCACAUAGGUUUAGUCUCGCCGAUCGAGUCCUGGGAGGAGAACUGGCUGUUCCAAAAGAAGAGAAUUCAAACCCAGAGAGCUGACCCCGUGGCCAUGUUGGUGCCUAAUCCCAGCGCCGAUUUCAAAGCUCUGAUCGGCGACAAAGACGCGGAGGACACGUCCGAUUUGUCCGAGUGCUCGUCGGCGCAGUCCGACGAGGAGAUCGAGAAGGAGUUAAUGGAAGCCAUAAACAACGUCGUGCCACGAUCGCCCAGGAAGAAGGAGUUCGAAAAUGGUCUGGACUACUCGAAUUCGUCGGGCCUCGACUUCUCGUCGAAGGGAAAUGCUGUGAAUUCAGUUUGCAACGGUGUGCGCGUGUAUGACGAAAGGAACGAAGAAAAGACUGACUGGAGGAAACUGAAGGAAGAGAAGGAAGAAGGUUAUAAACAGAAUCGAAGCCUAGAGAGAAACGAAGAGAUCGAGGAGGAGCAAGUCGAAAGGAAAGUGGAGAGAGUCGAAACUGAGAACGAGAAACCUGUUCCAGAAUCACGAAAUUUAAUUGGCAACGGUUCGACGAAGGUUGAAAUGGAGCGACGAACGACGAACUUGAAUCUUCCAUCCAAAGAAGAUAAAAGGGAUUCGAUCAACGACGAAGCGAAGAGAAACGAACUGGAAACGAAUCUAUCGAAUUCAGUGAAUUCGAAGAGCUUCACGGUUAUUGCGUCUGAUGAGGAUGCGCUGGCCGUGCCAAAGACACCGACACCCACGCCAACGAGGAUUUCCAUGCUGGAAAUUAAUCUGGAGAACCCUCGCAACGGGGAAACGUACAUCUCACGGGAAAAGAUCGUUCUGAACUCGUUGGAAUGCGCGAAAAAGAAGCUGAUGGCCGUCAAUGACGAUAUCGCGGAAGUAUUCGAAGACGAGGAAACGAUGUCUGCUCAACAAAAGGUUGAUUUUCAUGCCGAGGAUAUUCAGCAAGAAAGCGAAUACACCGAGCAUUACGACAUCGCGACACAAAGGCACUUGGACAGCUUGACGAAGUCUGAAUCGUUGGAGUCUACGCCGCUGACGAAUUCCUCCUUGGAGAAUAACGAAAGCAAGUGCCGAGAGGCUGUGGCGUUCGCCAAAGCUGAAUCGGCGUCGCAUUUGUCCCUGCAGGACAAGGAUCCGGAGGCAGAGGGUCGACUCGGUACCCCACCGAGACCAGGUACGAUCGCCGAACGCGAGCACAGAAAGUGGGAAAAUGCGCCGCCUAUCGAGAACAAUCCCUACAGCCAGGAGAACAUCCAAAAGAGGCUAUGGGAGAGGCAGUACUCGAGGAGAUCGUCAGACAUUCCCGGAAUUCACACCGAAUUGCCGAAGAGCAACGGAGCGGAUUUGGAUGUUGUGCUGACACCUCAUGAACCGGACAUCAAAAGGUUCGGCAGGGACUACUACAUCAACGAUUCAAGAUCGUCAGGCAACGAGAAGGGGAGAAGAUCGGCGGUGUCGAGCUCGAGCAGACCGAGCAGCUCGUUGUCCCAACGAUCAAGCUCCAACGGGAUAACGGACCAGGAUCAACAGGUGAGUUUCCAGCUCGAAAAGUUCGAGGAGGCUUCCCUGCGCGGCAGUAUUUCUAGAUGGACCUAUCGCGAUCCGUGCUCCAGCCCGCAAUUUGCCAUCAAUCCUCUUCUGCUCAUGGAGCUCGAUGUAUCAACGAGACCAUCUGACCGUGAUCACGAAAAGAUUGACCGCUCGAACGAAACGUUUCUACGUAGCGAUAUUCCGGACAGCGUAGAGCGUGCAGCGAACGUGACAGAACAAAUCGGAGCAGUCGUAGAUAAUAGCAAUGAAGCUGAAUAUUUUAACAUCAACGGGCGCAACGAUACUGAGUCUCUACUACCAGCUAACGAUGACAUUCUCAAACUCACAUCGAACGAACUGUCACGAAAGAUCGCGUACAAUCCGCUUUACGAGCCCGAGAAAAAUCAGAGAUCGGAUCACGACUCGGGAACGUUCUCCGUCGACACGAACCACGCGGAGGAUAAUAAAAAGCAGGACGAGGAUCGUUGGAGAAGGUUGUGGAUCGACGACGAUCAUGAACGAUCGAGCACGAGGAACGAUCAAAUUCUGUCGUCCAAUGGAAAGAGAUACUGGACCCUAAAUGGUUGCAAGUAUCACACGUUCGGAGGGAUAAAGAAUUCUUUCAGCGAGAACAUGGAAGAAGAUUCCGACGAAGACAACUUGAAACAAAUGGAAGCACGAGACGAGACGUUCGAUGUCGUCGAUUUCGGUGAAUUCAAGUUCCAGACGUUCGGCGGUAUAAAGAAGAGCAAGAGGAUCGACGGGAAAGGGAUUCCUAUGUACAGGCGGGUGACACUGACGACGAGAUCGAGUUAUAAAAGGGCCAAGGGGAUGAGAUGGUCGCACAGCGAUUCCGUCUUGUACAAAUGUGGAUCGGAUGAGAAUGUGGAUCGACAGUCCGAUUGGCAGAGCGAUUGCGAAAGUGACAGCACCGAGGAGAAAGAUAAGAGAAAGUGUCCCGACGUAAACAAGAAAAGGAAAUGCAGUAACAAGUUAUACAAAAGACAAACGAAGACGGUGUGUUGUUUGUCGCGUCGAUCGUCGUCCUCGGACGAGUCCUGGCAGGACGAAGACGCGCAAUCGGCUGACAAAACGACGGUCCGAAAGUUCCUGAGGGACACGUCGUCGAGGAAAGUCAAGUCGCGCUGGAACUCCGACAACGAUCCCAAUUACUUUUUGAACACGUCCAGAAGGAAGGUGUUCGACGAUAGCCUGAGACGAGGCAGAUGUCAGAAACGAUCCUCGGACAAUAACGAAAGUCUGAAGUUGGAGCCGCCUAUCGUGCCGGAGGUCGUGGAGAAAACUUUCGAAACGUUGCGAGAUAUUCGUGGCAAAGGGAAGAAGAAGAAGAAGCGCGAAAGUUCCGAGUCGAGCGAACGAAAGAAGAUCGGUGUGAGAAGUUUGACCGAUCUGACGAUAUGGGAGGAAACACAGUACGAAGAAACGGAGACAAUCUUGAAUCGGAGCAACGACGUGAAGUCCAAGGUGACGAAAUGGCAGAAUAACAACGUGGAGAACAACUAUCAACAGCCCGUUGUUCGACAACAGAGCGACUCCUCGGACGAGACGGAGAAAGACAGGGACAAGUUCGCGAUGAUCGAGCGCCAAAAGUCGUGGGAGGAUCAACGAAUGGAGGAAAUUCUGGAGAACGAGAGGAAAAACAGCAAGAACGAGAUCAACGCGAAACUGAACGUGAUGGAAACGAGAAAGUCCACCAAUCCCGUGGAUGACAAUCCGCGAAAGAUCAAGAGGAUCGACUUGAAGGCCUACGGAUUCGAAAAUGAAUUCUUCUCCGGCAAAACGACCAGAACGUCGGCGCCGAGGGUCGUCAAUAAACUGGACCUGAAGUCUUUCGGCUACGACAAUGGAAUACGUCGGACACAGUCGAACAUUCAGCUGAACAGUAUUGGGAGCGACGAGUUCAAAGCGAGAUUUGUCAGGACAACGAACAAGUCGAAUUUAACACGGCGAAACGAGUACGAGAACGAUCGCCGCGACAUCAUCGAGAGCAAUCGUGCCUCCGGCGAGAACAAUUUGACACAGAGUACGGAAACUUUGAAUAAGUUUGAAAACGGUAGCUACAACAAUUUCGGACUGAAGUCCGCGAAAUCGGUGCCAAACAUCGCCAAGUUCUACUCGAAUUCGAACGGCCAAGAGGACGAGGAGGUGGAGAGCUACGGCCGGAAUUCGUACAACGAUUUCGGUGUGAUAAAGAACGGAUCGGUGAGGAACAUCGCGAGUAAUUACGGUUUGGAGAAGUACAAUGUUAAAAGCAACGAUUCGUCGAUCGACGUUUCGGAGAACGAGACGGACAACUCCUCGGAGAGGGAGCAGAGUCGAUCGAUGAAUGACGUCAAGAAGAAAAUUUUGAGCGACGAAGAAUUUGACAAUAAGGUGCUGCCGAUGCCAUCGGUCAGGAGGCUCGCUGAAGCAUUCAGCAAACAGACCGAGCCCGUUUCUGCCCCUAUUUCGAAGGUAACUAAGUCGAGCAACGUGACUAAAGAGAGAUCGUCAACGCCAGAGAUCCAAAUAGUUGAAACGCCGAGACAGAUGCAUAGCCUGACCGCCCGAUCGCUUUCGAAACAAUUUCGUGAAGGCCUGAGGCAAAUUCCGAACAAAGUGACCUCACCUCCGGCUAGUCACGUCGUUAUGGAGCAACCAAACAUAACGGAGAACCAAAUGGAAGUAGUGCAAGCAAAGAGCGACUUGUCCAACGACACGAACGUAAUUCUACCUGGAAAACUGAAGUCGAAUAUAAUAUUUUGGGAACAGAUGCAGAAGAAAAGUUAAAGCAUAUUUAUUCGCUUAAAAUUGGGUCUAAUGUUUUAUAAAA